AUGGUGCAAAACGCCCUCCUGCCCACGCCCCUCCCCGCCCACGCCAUCACCGUCGGCCAGCUGCUCACAGACCCGCUGCACCCAGAGCGCGACUCCUUCUACCCCGACAAGGCCCACGACCACAUCGACGACCUCAAUGACUUCCACAUCCAGCUCCGCUACAAGGACAUCUACUCGGUCGACACCGAGGGCCGCUUCAUGACAAACUACGGCGCCAAGUUCGACCUCGGCCGCAUAUACAGACAGCCCAACCUGCUCACCGUCCGCGCCGAGCAGAUGAUCCAAUGCACAACCCAGAGCGCCACACGCGCCUUCGAGGCCGCCUGCAGCGACGACGGCGCCCGCGCCUGGAUGGCCGAGCAGAUCGAGGCCGGCAAGCCGCUGUACAUUGUGCUCGGCCUGACGGAGCUGAAGAAUGCCUCGUUCAAGCGAGCCAAACUUCGCGAUGCAGGCGCCUCCAACCGCAUCAACGAGCUGCCCCUCGAGAAAGACGCCAAGGUGCCCCGCUCUCUGCGUGGCAGGUCCGAGGCCAGCCUGGGAGGCAUCGGCACCGAGCCCUUGAUAUCGGGAGUCUUUGGCCUGGACGUCAGGCGCAUUGUCGCGCGCCUCACCACCCCCGCCGAGCCCCACCGGCUCGAGGAUAUAGGCUACCGUUGGUACUACCACGACGUCCCGGGCUCGGCCAACCACGGGAAACAGCUCGCAGUCGGCCUCGGUCCGUCGCUCAAGGCCAACGAGCUUCGUCUCAUGCUCGACCUCAGCGACGAGGACGUCCAGGGCAAUCUCGACGCUAUUAGCAAACUCAGUCUCGACGCGCUCAGUGCUGCAGCCAGCCCCAUGCUCAGGCCUAGCACUCCAUUACUCCGUGGACGAUCGCCUUCGCCACACCCAACCAUGCUUCGCUCAUAGGAUGACCAGCACGCUCAUGUCUACGCCGCAAUCAACUUGUGGCUUGUGGUUUCGAGUUUGCGUCUGCCGGUACAAAAACUGGCGCCGGCGCUGUUGCAACGAUUCAUGACCCUUACGGCCUGCAUCUCUUCCAUGUAUACAGUAAUUAUAUAUUCGCAUCACGCCAGUUGUUCCUCUUCCAUAUCAAUGCAUGCAUCUGCCAACUGACUGAAAUCUCGACGUCUCAGGGGCUACUCGCAUAAACAGCCUGCUAUUAGUAGAUGGUUUGUCUUGGGAGCUGUACGCAAUUGGUAUCGGGCCGAAGUACAGUAUUUGAACCAAGUGAAAAGCUGUUGGGACAUGUGAAGAUAUCUCCAAGUAGGCAUACACAGGAGAGGAAUGUGUUGGUUCCAUUCUAGGUACUCAAUCUCAAGAGGCGCAUCAUUGGACUUUAUAUGGUUUGAGCCGGACG